UUGGAUGGUACACACACACACAGUUCUGCGUAUUUGGAACAUCGAAUACAUUGCGGUUAGCGCUCUAGUAUUCUUAUUAUACCUCUAUGAAGCUGUCUCAUCUAAAAUUGUGAGGUGAAAUACAGGAGUGGGAAGAGAGAAGAGGUGCACCUUUUGGCUUUACAGAAUGUGGCGAGAAUCAACCGCACAACCUGGAAAUUUAUUUUGGUAGUGGUAGGCCUAGUUGACUGAGAAAGUGGACAUUGAUUAAGAUGAAUAAUGGCCUACAAAUAUAUUUACGAUGACUCUCAUGAAGGGUAUUACAAUCGACAGUACAAUGGUCGGAAUUUUGAUCAGCCAGGCCCAACAAGGAGAACAUUUUUAGAGGAAGAAAUCAGUGACUGUGGUAGCAGUUGCAGUUUCACAGGUUCAGAAUACUCAGAGUCUUCAGAGGACGAUGGUCUGGAGCCAGUGUGGGCAGGUGCUGUGCAGCCCAAAGGGGAUCUUUUUUAUAUUGACCCUGGUCAUGAUCUUCCAAAAAAAAUAACAGAAUCUCUACAAAGUAAUGGAACCCCAGAGCAAUCCAAAAACAAACUCCAAACUUUAAAGCAGAAAAUUGCACGACGCAAAAAUGCUGCUUUGUCAAAUCAGUUAUCAGACUUGAACCACAAUGGCACGGUCAUCACAAAUAAUUAUGCAAAAGUAAUGAACACUCAGCGAAAAUUGGUCCGAUUGAAUUUGACCUAUGAACCUUGUAAUGGUCAAACAAGACUAGACACUCUGUUGGGAAUUAUUCCAGGAAGAUUUUUAAAGAUGGCCAGCUCACCAGUGACAUCAAGAGAUAGAAUACUGAGAAAUGGCAAGAUGAUGGAUAUUGAUAAUAGGAUAAUGGUACAAGGACUGCUCCCCGGAGGUCCUGCCAUGGAAUCAGGUCAAAUCAAUAUAGGUGACUGGUUGGUGGCUAUUAAUAAUGUUGAAGUCGGACCGCACAAUCUUAACAGCAUCUUGGAUACAUUGUCUUGUACUUCUGUCGUAAAUGUCAUGAUAGAGACACUAGGAUAUGAGGGUGAGGAGACGUUCAUAAACCUUCCAACUCGAUCCCCUCCUGCAAGUAACUUGGUGAAGCUCAUUAGUGGUGAAAGACUUAACGAAACACAGCAGACACUCAGUGAUACACCCCAUGUCGUCAUGUUCCUGACCCUGGGGAAAGAGGACAAAGAUUCAGGAAAUGAAAUUUUGUUCUGUUACCCUGAAGGCAAUGCUUCGAAAAAAUUGAGUUCUAUCCAGGGAUUGUUUAUUACUCUGGGAGACAUGCUCCUGAAACUCACAGGUACCAAAGUAACCAGUUCUUCCAUUGUAUCGGAUGGUACAACCAUCCAUGUAGCCUACCACCAACAUGAGUCUGAGGUAAUGGUGAUUGCAAUGCCAUCUAAUAAGAUAUCAUGCGAUCAACUGAUAGGUGUGAUGACAGACACUGUCCAAUUGCUUAAAUAUAUGUACGGAUCUCUACCAAGGGCUUUUACAGAAGCGGACAACCAUCCAAGGCUAUGCCACUUAUUCUCAAUCCUUUUCAAACAACUCUUGAAUCCUGAUGUUGAAUAUGAUGCUAGGCUUUCCAGUGGCCAUAUCUUUCUCGAGCUUCUACCAGCUGUCAGAUGCCUCGAUUUUCCAGAGGAGCACAAGGUUAAUGUGGAUAGCUGCCUGUGUGAACUAGAAGCAGCUGAUUUUGCAGAGAUGUCAGAUGUUCACUAUGAUGACCGUCGCCCAUAUGUGAUCCUUGGAACAUGUUUAUACUACAAAGAUGUUUUACUAGCCAACCACUUGCCUAAUAAAGACCUUCUGGAUAUUAAUGUUUAUUGUCGUUAUUUUUGCUUGUUAUCAUUGGCAACUGAUCAGCCUAUGGGACAGCUCAUCAUCUGGAGGGAAGUAUAUCCAUCUAUGUCUAAUAUAUUGGAGUGUACAGGGUAUGCAGAACCACAUGGUCGUUACUUCCUGUUAAUCGUAGGCCUUAAACACAGUGUCAUAUGUAUGCUGCUGGAAAGUGCUGGUUGUACUGCAAGAGCUAUAGGUAACCCAAGCCCUGAUCCAUUCUAUGUAGACCAAGCCAGGGCUACACUACUGCACCUUGAAGCAAUUGGUAUCCCAAGAGCUUGUGAAGACAGAUUGACUGUACCACCCAUUCCAGCAUUAUCUUGUGCUGACUGGUUCUUCCCACUACCCCGUAUUACCAGCGAUGUAGGGACACCUUUACAAGCACUCCAGUCAUCACCAAUGCUAAGCAAACUGCACAGCCAGUCUCCAGCUAGAGGCCGUAAGUCACUUCAAGUUCAGACAACCAACAGCAGACGAAGCUCUUUGUCUUCUGGGCCGUCUCAAGGAACCCCAGCCACUAAAAGACAUAGUAUGCAUAAGGAUUCGGACAAUGACAGUGAAGCCAGCCCCAUGAACUCACAAGCCAAUAGCACUCAUUCUUCACCAAACACAGGUCGCAAGAUUGACCACCAGCGAAAAAACUCGGAUUUAUCUGGUGGAUCAGAAGGCAGUAGUGAGGUGUAUAGGAGUGGCAGAGAUCGACGAAUUAUUCCUGACCCGUACAAUCUAGGGGUAAUGCAGCAUCAACUUCCAGAUAUUGAACAAAAGGACAUCAUAUCAGCUACAAAACUAACUGCUGGACAUGAUAAUACACUCUUCCAUUUUGUUGAAUUGAAUACAUCUGAUGGGGUGAUAGUCUGCCCGACCCAUAGUGAUGUUGCUAUGCUUGGGGGAAUUCUGCAUCCUCAACUCCUGUCAAAUUUCCACCAGGCUUGCAUGAAAAUACGCAAGAUAUUUGCCAAGUCUUGGGAGAAAGCUCAGAAAACUGUAUCUAAUGAUGGACAUCACAUCUGCAACACUGUUGGUCUUGGAAGGGUAAAAGAAUAUGGUGUUAUGUUCCAGUGCAGUCCUCCCAAUUGGCCAGAACAACGCAAAGCCCCACCCACAAUGCAAUAUUGGGUUGUAGGACGAUUCAAUGGUGAGCAACAGUCGCGAGAGGUGUAUGUCUGCUAUCAUGAAUCAGCCAAUCAGAAUGCAGUAGAGCUUGCAUUCAAAUUAGCCUUUGGUUCUGGCAUAUUAUGAGAUUCUCAAUGAAGGGAAAACCAGUGAACUCAUAUGAGUUCUACUGUAUUUUGAAUUUUACUAUUUAUUAUUUUUGCAAUUUAUUUUUUUGCAUUUAUCAUUAAUUCAAAAAUAAAAACACUAUGCAAGUUAUUGUUUUAAUGAAUAAUUGAGAUGCAGAAUUUAAAAGGAAUCAGAAAUUGAUGCUAGUGAACAUAAGGUGCUAUUAAAAUCUGUUAAAUUUAAUUCAGUACAUAAUUUUAAUGAGUUAAAUUUUGAUUGAUCUUGAAGUUUCUGUGCAAUAAUAUAUCUUUCUCAUUUAAUAUUUUUGAAAUUGGAUGCAGACUGAAAUGGUCCUAAUGUAUUUCCUGUUUUGUUUAAUAAUGAAGUGUUUGUCAAUAAAGGGAAUGUAUCCAAUA